AACGGGGUUCUAAUAAAUUACUAUCUUUACUAAAUUUGAUUAUACAUAAUAAGGCCCAUUAUAGGUUGCAAUUUUUAUUGAAUAUGGAACAAUGGUCGAGUUUGUGGCAAAAUGUUCACCGUGAAAUGCACCGGACCUCGUAACGCCGUGCCUCACCCUUGCACUGGAAAAUCCGUGACGGUCAAAAUCGUUGACCAUUGUCCCAGUGGCUGUGCUGCUACGCUCGAUCUUUCCCGAGAAGCUUUUGCUCAGAUCGCUAAUCCUGUCGCUGGGAUUAUUAACAUUGAUUAUAUUCCGUAAUCAUUUCUUCCUAUCCUUAUCACCUAUAUUAUUUGUUAAUUUAGAGAAGCAGGAUUUUAAUUAUGAUAUUGUUUAUCUGUAUUUCAGGGCCUAAACGUCGUUGAAGUUCUCAAGGAAAAUAAUGCUCAAGUCUAGAA